AUGGAAAAACAAUUCAGCCAUGUGGAAAGGUAUGGAUACAUAAUAUCAGAGAUAAAUGGCAAGAGAGAAGAAAUGCUGAAGGAGGAAGACUACAAUGCCCUGAAGAGAUGCGAGAGCUUGGAGGAGGUGGCGAUAAAGCUGUCAAGAACGUACCGCGGGCUUUCAGAAGGCAUUGCCUACACAAAGCCUGAACUAAAGAAGAAGCUGCUGGAGUCUUUGAAGGCCGACUUUGACUAUUAUCAUGAUGCCGAGGACAAGGGAAUAAGAACGAUAUUGGACUACUAUAUGGACUUCCACAAGAUCCAAAACUUCUUUUACCUCCUCCAGUGCAAGCUUCAAGACCCAAAUCUCGAGAAAAGUUUUGAGAAAAUAGAGAUAGGGGACUUCAGUGCUCUGAGGACAAUUAAGUUUUCAAACGACAUGGAUGAUGUUCAGAGAUAUUGCAUGGAGAAUAGCUUUCUCAAGAAGUUUGAGAAGAGAGUCAAGUUCAAGAAAGAGUUUUCUGCAAACAACUUCCAGGUGCUGCAGACACUGUUUUUCAAGUUUCACAUUGAGGAGACAUAUAGGAAUCUUAACGACGAUAUGGAGCACAUGAGAGAGAUACUAAAGCUUGAGGGAGACAGGCAAAUAAUAGAGAUUACAGUGAACACGCUUAGCUCGAAAGAUAUAGUGGGGAAGAGGAGAAUGGACCUAUUCCCUGAUGUACACUCGAUGAGUCUGAAUACAAGAGAGCUUCUCUCGCAUGCGGAGAACCUGGAGGAUAUGAAGUCCAUAUUGAGCGAGGCAUACGACUUCGAUACAGAUAUCUCCAAUGUGCUUAUAAAGGCAGAGCUUCAAAAGUACAAGGAAUCGUUCAGCAUGUAUGGAGAUCUGAGCUGUGUGUAUUCAUACUUCAAGAUGAAAGAGCAGGAAAUAAAGAACAUCCUGUGGGUUGCAGAAUGCAUUGUCCAGAACAGGCGUGAUGCCAUGGAUCAUUUAUUCGUGGUCCGGUGA